GGCUGGAGAAGGGGAGCUGCCUAGUGUGGGAAGGGACCCGAGUAUGAAGAGGGUCACCCUGUUCGUGAGGGGGACUGCCCGGACCGGCAAGGUUAUUGCUGUGCAUGGCUCAUCCAUCUCAGAUCUUCUGUCGCUCGCUAGUACAAAGUUAGGAAUCCAUGCAACAAAUGUAUAUAAUGACAGAGGUGGACACAUUGAUGACAUCACCCUAAUCCGUGAUGACGAUGUCUUGUACGUGAGCGAUGGUGAUCCCUGUGCGGAUGAUCUGGAAAUGCCUAUCGUCCCUGAGCUUUUAACAGGAAGUCACACAGACUGGCUGACAUUGAAUGUGGGCGGCAAAUAUUUUACCACUACAAGGUCUACCCUCGUCAGUAAGGAGCCUGACAGCAUGCUGUCGCACAUGUUCAGUGACAGAGAUGCUUGGGGAAAUAAGAGAGAUCACAGAGGAGCUUUCCUGAUUGACCGCAGCCCAGAAUACUUUGAACCAAUCCUGAACUAUCUUCGUCAUAGUCAGCUCAUCGUCAAUGAUGGGGUCAAUUUGUUGGGGGUCUUAGAAGAAGCCAAGUUUUUUGGCAUCGAUUCCCUGAUUGAGCACCUGGAGCUGGCAAUUAAGAAUUCACAGCCUGCUGAGGACCACUCCCCAAUAUCUCGCAAGGAGUUCAUACGUUUCCUUCUCGCCACCCCAACCAAAUCAGAACUUCGCUGUCAGGGUCUAAAUUUUAGUGGAGCUGAUCUCUCUCGUUUGGACCUGCGGUAUAUAAACUUCAAGAUGGCAAAUUUAAGUGGCUGCAACCUAACUCAGGCCAACCUAUGUGGGGCUUGCCUGGAGCGAGCAGACCUGUCGGGAUCUGUACUGGAUGGAGCCAAUUUGCAGGGUGUGAAGAUGCUCUGUUCCAAUGCAGAAGGAGCCUCCCUGAAAGGAUGUAACUUUGAGGACCCAUCUGGCCUGAAAGCCAAUUUGGAAGGAGCUAAUCUGAAGGGUGUUGACAUGGAGGGCAGUCAGAUGACUGGGAUAAACUUAAGGGUUGCAACCCUGAAAAAUGCCAAAUUAAAGAAUUGCAAUCUACGUGGUGCUACGUUGGCAGGAACAGACUUGGAGAACUGUGAUCUGUCCGGUUGUGAUCUCCAGGAAGCGAACCUUCGAGGAUCCAAUGUAAAAGGUGCAAUAUUUGAAGAGAUGCUUACACCACUACACAUGUCACAGAGCGUCAGAUAG